AGUAAUUUAAGCUUUAAACCAUACCCUUAUGCCAUGCCCCACCUUUUUUUCUACAUUUUAGAGAAAGUAAUUCCCCACAAUUUCCAGGCAAACAAUCAUGGAUCAUUGCAGAUACUGUGUGAAUAUUAUCGACUACAGUUUCCAGCAAGGGAUUCAAAACUUAGGUUUCAUCCUUUGGAGCACCUUCAUCCACUGGAAUAUCAUAGACCUGAUGAACAAGUUCUGCAUAUUGCUGGCUCAACCGUUGAUUUGAGAUCUUGCAGUACAAGUCUUGAAUUUGCUGAGGAACACACUGCUCUUUUGGCAGAAGAGGAAGCGACCGCUCUGUCAACAUGGGCUGUUGCAUGCAUGUGUGGAUCUCUGCGGCUUGAACAUGUGUUGACAAUCUUUGCUGCAGCAUUGCUGGAGAAACAAAUUGUGGUUGUCUGUUCGAAUUUGGGAAACUUAUCUGCUAUAGUUCUGUCAAUUGUCCCUCUGAUCCGUGCAUUCCAAUGGCAAAGCCUCUUGAUGCCGGUUUUGCCAGAAUAUAUGCUAGACUUUUUAGAUGCGCCUGUUCCGUACAUAGUUGGUGUUAAGAACAAAACCAGUGAAGUGCGGUCAAAGUUGGCCAAUGUCAUUCUGGCUGAUGCUAAUAAGAACCAGAUAAAGGUUUUCACAGUACCACAACUGCCGCAGCAUAAGGAGCUCUUUGCAUGCUUAAGUCCUUAUCAUGCAAAGCUUGUUGGUGAAAGUUAUUUUGGGAGGAAAAGACCAGUAUAUGAGUGCACAGAUGUGCAGACUGAAGCAGCCAAAGGUUUUCUAUCGGUGUUAAGAUCAUACAUGGAUUCUCUUUGCUCUAACAUGCGGUCACACACUAUUACAAAUGUACUGUCGAACAAUGAUAAGGUAUCAUUGCUUUUAAAAGAGAGUUUCAUCGAUUCUUUCCCUAGUCGUGAUCGACCGUUUAUGAAGUUUGUGGGUUUCAGAAGUGUUGUCAGAAAGACAAGUGCUGCCACUGAGGGGCAGCUUAGCCUGCAGGACCAGAAAAAGCAGCAGAGAGGGUUCAGUCAUAAUAUGAGAGCCUCCGCUCUCUCCUCAGUUCUCUCCCUCAGCUGUCAGAGGGAAGAAGAAGAAAAAGAGAGAAAAGGUCGAUGGCAUUGGCAGCAUUAUAAUCAGAAGCAUUAG